AGUUGCGGUGAAAUUUUAAUCCGUUCAUGGUUUUCUGCGGUCUAUCUUUCAUUCGACCACGUGUAAAAGAAUAAGAGUUGACAAUUCUCUUUCAACAGUUUCAAAAUAAGUUCCUAGUUGUAAGUUUGUCACCUUAGAAUCUUAAAGGAUAAUCAAAAAAUAUUGAGCAGGUAGUCCUAAUUUUACAUUAUUAGUUUAUUUCGAUUUCAUUCGUUCUUCUUCAUAGUGUUCUUAUACUAUCGUAUCUCAUCGUGGUAAGGUGACCAAAGUAUAAACAUUGAAAAAAGUGAGCCAGUAAUCACUCCAUCGAACGUUUCGAGCAAUGGAUAACGUCAUUCUUGUCCUUGUAUUUGCUGGAACUUGUGCGGCUGUCCCACAAUUUUUUACACAACCUGAAGCGAUUUAUGCUCAUCCGGCAGUAUUGUUGAACACAGCAAUGGAAAAUACUUUACCAUAUCAUCUAAGAAAUGAUUUUUAUAAAAAUCCAAGAGUCGCUUCCAGGCUUGCAAAAGAAUCAUGGUUCACUAAUAAAGAAAUGCAGGUAAUUGAUCGCGAGACGGACAAAAUACCACGAGAAAAAAUAUUCGAUGUUUUGCAUAAUGCUGGUCUUACUCGUAAAUAAUAAUCUCUUAAAUAUCGCAUUGAAAUUUUUCUAACGUUAUAAUUCGAUAAAUAACAAUUUCAUAUCGUAAGUAAAACAGUAUACAAAAUACUCGUUGGAUACAUAUAAAUGAACUAAUAUAUGAUAUAUACCAUUUGUAAUAUAUCAGAUAUGUUCAUUUAAAUUUUUUUUUAUAGAUUCGUUUAUAGUGUUCGUAUCAUUAGUUAUUUUGUAUAAAAGUUAAGAUCUAUUAACCCAUUUGCAUCACACUUCUCAAUACGCUUCCACCUAGCGUUAUUAAUCUGGCUUCAGACGUUCAAUUGAAAACCGGCCCUUAUCACUACGCAUUGUUGUACUACGAGAGAAUAUCGUUGAAAGCGUGUUAUUCCGCAACUGAUAAUAGGUGGCAAUCAUUGUAUGUGGAUUAUUCUGCUUCUGGAUGCAAAUGGGUUAAACAAAUAUAAUGUUCCUGCAAAGGCUGUGAAGCAGAUGCAUAAUUCUAAUAAAUGAAAUAAUAAAUAAAUAAACUUCAAAAA